UUUGUAGUAAUGACAGCUGUAGUCGUCUUUGUUGCGAAAGAGUCCAUUAUCUUCCGCGAUUCCGUUAUCAAUCGCCAUCUUCUCUCUUCUGGAAUCGUAUUCAUCGUUGAUUUAGACUUUUAAAGGAUGAUUAGGUGGAUUAUCGUGUUGAUCGUCAUCGUUUGCGCUGUAGUUUUGGCUGAAACAAAAGGUAGCACAUGUAACGACCACCAUCCAAAGUGCGUACGAUGGGCUGCUAAGGGAGAGUGUGAAAAGAAUCCAAAAUGGAUGCUUCAGCAUUGCAGGAUGAGCUGUGGACAGUGUGCAUCGGCUAACGUUCAUAAUCUUCACAAACUGGCCAUUUCUCAAAAGGAGGAAGCAUUCAAAGUUUUUCUUGGCAUUUUUAUUGUGCUUGUCAUUGGAAUUGGAAUAAAAGUGAUAUUUUAUGGAGAAACCUGUCCCAGUGAUGCUAAACUCAAAGGUAAAACUGUUAUGAUAACAGGUGCAAACACUGGAAUUGGUAAAGAGACAGCAAGAGACUUAGCGUGGAGAAAAGCUCGUGUCAUCCUAGCAUGCCGCGAUGUUACUAAAGGACUCAAAGCAGCAGCAGAAAUCAUUGAAAGCACGGGAAACGAGAAUGUGGAAGUCAAGAGAUUGGACCUUGCAUCCUUCAAGUCCAUUAGGAAAUUUGCCAAAGAAAUUAAUGAGGAAGAGGAGAAAAUCCACAUAUUGAUCAACAACGCAGGGUACUUAGGACCUUAUAAGAAGACAACUGAUGGCUUAGAAUCAAAUUUUCAAGUAAAUUAUCUUGGGCAUUUCUUGUUAACAAAUCUUUUGUUGGAUAAGAUCAAAGCUUCCAGUCCUAGCAGAAUCAUUAAUGUGUCUUCUAUGCAGCAUAAGAAAGGCAGAAUCAAUUUUGAUGAUCUUCAAGGAGAGAAAAGCUAUGGUCAGUUUACGGCGUAUAACCAAAGCAAGCUAGCGCAAGUGAUGUUUACUAAACAGUUGGCAGAUAAAUUGGAAGGGACCAAGGUGACUGUAAAUGCACUCCAUCCAGGAGUAGUCUCCACGGAUAUAAUGCGCAACUUUAGAAUAUACCAGAUGUGGGUCCUUCGUCCAAUCAUCUCAGUCGUCAGCUAUUUAUUUUUCAAGACAACAAUCCAGGGUGCACAGACGACCAUUUAUUGUGCAGUAGCUCCUGAAUUGGAUGAUGUUUCUGGUUGCUAUUUUGAUAACUGCAGAGAAGUUCCCUGUGGAGAGAAUGCGACUGAUGAAGGAGUGGCUAAGAAAUUAUGGGAGAUUAGUGAAACACUUUGUUACAAUGUGAAUGAAUGAAUGAAUGAAUGAAAAGAAUGAAUGAUAAAUGAAUGAAUGAAUGACAAUUAGAAUAAUAUAGAAGGAAUAGUCCAACCAACUUGGGCAUAAUGCCUUCUCGUUGCAGUCUACAUUUGAUUUCUUUAAACUUGAGAACAAAAUUACUUAACUCAUAUUCAUAAUAAUGAAUCUUCUUAAAAAUGGUAAAUAAAGAAAUGAUAUUCAAGGGAAUGACAAGUGAUUUGGUAAGGAAAGGAUUAGAUCUAUAUAUGAAAAAUAUUCUAUGCAUGCAGAAAAACAACAUUGUAUUAAUUACAGUCGUAAAGGUAUAUAUAAUUAUACAAACAACUUAGAAAAGGAAAGUGAGUAAAAAUGAAAUUGAUUUUUUAAAUUCAAGGAAGUUAUUCAAACAUUUGUAAAUUGAAGGACCAGUGACUACCUUCACUCAACAAUAGCUAGAAAAAUCACUUGAAAACUGAGAGCAAUUAAAAUUUACACACUUGGCUCAACAUUUUCACUGCAAUACACUGCAACAAUAAUGAUUAAAUUAGUUCUUUAGAAGAAAUUAUUUGCAUGAAUACCUAUUACAUAAACAGUAGAAUACUGAAUCUUUAUUCAUUCUUG